AUGCCUCGCCGUAUCGCAGCGCAGGUACCUCAGACCAUCUCUCGUCUCAUGCAAGGAGGCUACAUCAAGACGCCGCCCGUUUCCUACCAGGCUCUCCUUGCCCAUCCUCCCACCACACUUCCUCCGCGAGCUCCCUACCCUCGACCCACUGAGGACCUGCCAGAGUCGCUAGUGAAGGCAGCCCGCAAUGCAGAAGGCGAUCCUUCUCGUCGGAGGGAUCCGAUGAACUCGAAGAAGAAGAUGAGGACAAGGACCCCCAGCUUAGCACCACAGCCCAUCGUUUACCUGCAUGACCGUGUGAGGAGGCAAUUCUACCUCGAUCAUCCUUGGGAGGGGCUAAGGCCGAGGAUCCUUGCUGAGAAGGAGAAGGUGGAAGAGCCUGCGAAGGUCCCUGCUGAGGUGACAGAAUUGACACGGUGGUCGACGAAUCCACAGCCAGAGGACGUCAUUGCUUUGACUGUUCACCUCCACGAGAAUCAUUCACUAUCACUGGCAAAAGCAUACCGCCAUGCAUUGGGUCAAUACCACUCCCUGCGCGCCGAGCACGAGACUGCCUCGAGGUAUGCUCUCCUAGAGGCACAAGCGUACGGCGCUCAAUUCAACCCGCCAGCUCCCAAGUUCCUGAAGGAGAAUUAUGGCAAUCGAGUCUGGCAUGCCGCCCCUGAGACAUAUCGCGGGUUCCUCAAGGAAGAGCAAGCCUUGGAAAGCUGGGCAGCCGCUGCUCAGGGCCCAGGCGCUGCUUUGUCCACAUCACAAGCGCCAGGCGCGCCUCCAAGCAAGAUGAGGAUGAGGCCAGAGUCUACAGGAGAGUGGUCGGGAGGUGAUGAGUACAGGAGGGGAGCGAGGGCUAUUCUCGAGGGCAAGGCAGAUGCUCUAGCAAAUGCGCAGGUCAAGGAGGAAGGAACAGUCGUCACCACUGACGCAAUGGUGGGGACUCCAGAGAAUGACCCACUCAGGCUAUCGCUGCUGCAGAGUCGACUCGAAGAGAGGGCGAUCGAGGCAGGAAGGGCGAGGCGGUGA